AUGAAUGGUGAAGAAUAUCUACUGAAUCUCAUUGAUUCCCCUGGACAUGUUGACUUCACAUCUGAGGUCUCAACAGCUGUUCGGCUGUGUGAUGGUGCACUUGUGCUUGUGGAUGUGGUAGAAGGUAUCUGUCCUCAGACAGUUGCAUCCCUGAGGCAAGCAUGGCAGGAAGACAUCCGACCCAUUCUCAUAUUGAAUAAGUUGGAUCGUCUCAUUACUGAGAUGAAGCUCAGCCCUCUUGAUGCAUACAUGCACCUGGCUCGAAUCCUAGAACAAGUGAAUGCUGUUAUGGGAGAGCUGUUUGCAAGCGAUGUGAUGGAGCAAGAAACCAAGGGAGAAGAAUGGACCUCUCUCUUGGAGGAAGCAGAUGAUUCCUCAGUUUGCUUUUCUCCUGAAGCUGGGAAUGUCAUCUUUGCCUCUGCUCUCAAUGGCUGGGGUUUCAGUUUAACUCAUUUUGCUACCGCAAUUGGGGGCAAACUGGGCCUGAAUGCUCAAAACCUGGAGAGAGUGCUGUGGGGUGAUUAUUAUGUGAAUAUGAAAACAAAACAUAUCAUGAAAGGAGCUCAGUCGAAAGCCAAGAAGCCUCUCUUUGUCCAGUUAGUUCUAGAGAACCUCUGGAAAGUGUAUGAAGCCACACUUCUCACUAGAGAUCCCCAGUCCACAGAGAAGAUCAUUGCAACCUUGGGCCUUAAGAUCCCAGCCAGGGAUCUACGACAUUCUGAUCCUCGGGUCCAGCUCCAGGCAAUUAUGAACCGUUGGCUCCCUCUUGCCUCAGCUGUCAUGGACCAAGCAGUAAAGAAGCUGCCUAGUCCUGAGGGGAUGAGUGAGAAGCGGGCAGAGCACCUCAUGUGCUCCCGCCUCCAAUCAUUUGACUCACUACCGCCUGAGACACGGGAACUCAGGGAUGCCUUUCUGGCUUGCUCCAAAAAUUCUCAAAACAGCCCUGUUAUUGCUUUCAUCUCCAAGAUGAUACCGGUUGAGAGAAGUUCAUUGCCUAAGUACAAGGCUCGACCACUGGGAGUGGAGGAACUGGCUCAAAGGAGAGAAGAAGCUCGCAAUAGACAUGCACAAAGGAUCCAGAAUCAAACUCAAACUGGAGAAGGAGAAAAGGAGAUUCCUGAUAACUUAAGUGAUUCACGCAAAGUUGAGAAAGAAGAGGAAUCACAUACCCCAAGCACUGUAUUUGUUGCAUUUGCACGGGUGUUCUCUGGAACCCUUACUCCAGGGCAGAGACUUUAUGUCUUGGGACCAAAGCACAACCCAGCCACUGCACUGCAAAAGUAUAAAGGGGGGAAGGAGGUGGAUGGCAGCAUCACCCUGGAAUCUCUUCACCUAAAGGAACAUGUGACCAUUUGUGAAGUGACUGACCUCUAUCUCUUUAUGGGACGGGAACUGGAGGCACUCUUCUCUGUCCCAGCUGGCAACAUUCUUGGUAUAGGAGGUCUGGAGAAGCAUGUUUUGAAGUCAGCCACACUGACAUCAACUCUUGCAUGCCCAUCGUUUGCUGAAAUUCAGUCUCAGGUUGUCCCCAUCCUCAGGGAUAUGGCAUCCUUUGAGAGAGGUCUUCACCUUCUCAAUCAGGCUGAUGCCUGUGUUGAGGUCUUACUUCAGGAGUCUGGGGAACAUGUGAUUGUUACUGCUGGCCAGGUUCACCUUCAGAGGUGUCUGGAUGACUUGAGAGAACAGUUUGCACGUGUUGAUAUCAAUGCUUCUCCUCCAUUGGUCUCCUUCCGUGAGACCAUUGUGCCUCCUCCCACUGUGGACAUGGUCAAUGAAGCUAUCACUGAAGCUGUCUCCAAUGGCAAGAUGGGGACUGAUGAGGGGAAUGCAAAUCAAGACUUAUCAGGUAGCAUCACCAUGAAGACAUCUAACCGAUUAUGUACAGUGCGAAUCUGUGCAAAGCCUCUCCCUGUACAAGUGACACUAUUGCUUGAACAGAAUGGUGAAAUCCUCAAGGCUUUGGACCAUCAGUGGACCAAGAACCGCAAUGAAGACUUUGAACUCAGUCAGGUGACCAUGGACCGGCUGGCUGAACUGCAGUCUCAACUAGAAACCGCAUUCCAAGAAGCUGGACCUGAUUGGAUUGAUGCUGUUUCCAAGAUAUGGAGUUUUGGGCCACGGCGAUGUGGACCCAACAUUCUGUUAAAUCGAGUUCCUGGUUAUGCAAGUCGUGAAGGUGCAUUUGAGGCACUAAGGACUGGCUCUGUCUCUAGAUUAUGGGAAUAUGACAGUAGCUUUAUAAGUGGAUUCCAGCUGGCCACAUUGAAUGGGCCCAUCUGUGAGGAAUCGAUGAUGGGUGUCUGCUUUGUUGUUGAGGAUUGGAUUCUUGAAUCCCCAUUGCAAAACAACAGUGGGUUAGAGGUUGGAGGGAUUUCACAACCCUAUGGACCGUUUUCGGGUCAGAUCAUGUCAACUGUGAAGGAAUGCUGCCGACGUGCAUUCCAGGCUCAGCCACAACGUCUGAUGAUUCCUAUGUAUUCCUGCACCAUCCAUGUGACGGCCGAAGCCCUU